AAUCGAAGGCGUUAUUGAAAAAGUAAUUAAAAAAAAAUGGUAAUUCUGGCGCAAACCUCUUAGCUCUUACCUGUAUCUUUCCCUCCCAUCGAAGCUCUCCUCUAUUCGCCACAACCGACCUCCAAUUCCUUCUUUACUCUUUUCACACCGCAUGUCCUUCCUUCUUUACACUUUAUUUAUUUAUUUUAUUUUUGAUUUUUGAUUUUUGAUUUUUGAUUUUUGAUUGUUUUCCUUCUUCCAACCACCUCCGAAAGUAAGAGGAAACAAUCCCUUAAAGAUUACAUUUUUCUUUACCAAUUUUACAGAGAUUGAUUGAUAGGAUUAGGUGGGUUUGAGUCGAAUUUGAAUUUCAUUGUUUGAAUUUGAUGGAAAACGGCGCAGUUAAGGAAAACGGUGUUUGUCUCAAGGAUACAGUUAAUGGAGGACAGGAUGUUUGGAGUUGCGAGAACGGUGUCUCUUCUUCUUCCGCUGAUCAUCUCGUUGUCAUGGUUCACGGCAUUCUGGGAAGUGCUGCUGAUUGGAAGUUUGGAGCAGAGCAGUUUGUUAAAAUGCUCCCAGAUAAAGUACAUGUUCAUUGCAGUGAAAAAAAUGGGGCGAAGUUGACGUUAGAUGGUGUAGAUGUCAUGGCUCAGAGAUUGGCAGCAGAGGUACUAGAGGUUAUUAAACACAGACCCAAUCUUCGCAAAAUUUCCUUUGUUGCACAUUCUGUUGGUGGUUUAGUUGCAAGAUAUGCAAUUGGUAUUUUGUAUCAACCUCCGAAUGAUGGUAAUGCUGUGGAUUCAUCUGCUGACAAUUCUCAUGAGAAUGCAAGAGGUACUAUUGGUGGUCUUGAAGCAGUUAACUUUAUAACCGUAGCUACUCCUCAUCUUGGUUCACGUGGUAAUAACCAGGUACCAUUCCUCUUUGGUGUGACUGCUAUUGAAAAAGUUGCUGGGCGUGUGAUUCAUUGGAUAUUUAGAAGAACAGGUAGACAUCUUUUCUUGACCGAUGGGGAUGAUCAAGGGAAGCCUCCAUUGCUUAAAAGAAUGGUGGAGGACAAUAGUGAAUAUUGUUUCAUAUCAGCCUUGCGGGCAUUUAGACGCAGAGUGGCGUAUUCAAAUGUUGGAUAUGAUCAUAUUGUGGGGUGGAGAACAUCUUGUAUUAGACGUAUGAGUGAAUUACCUAAGUGGGAAGAUUCACUUAAUGAGAAAUACCCUCAUAUAGUCUACGAGGAGCUUGGUGAAGCACGGGAACCAAAUGAGGUUGCAUCAGAAGAAGAUGAUAGUAGCUGUGACAAAAUAGAAGAGGAACUGGUGACAGGUUUAUCUCGGGUUCCGUGGGAGAAGGUUGAUGUCAGUUUCCACAGCAGUAGGUCGAGGUUUUCUGCUCAUAGUGUGAUACAGGUGAAAGACCAUUACAUGCACGCAGAAGGUGCAGAUGUUAUCCAACAUAUGAUAGAUCAUUUUGUCAUUUAAUUCGAGUCUUAUGAUUAUUUGGAGCAGCUAGCUAGCUAGCUAGCUAGCUAGCUGGUUUGGCUCUUGCAUUAAACGGGAAAUCUACUGUUUGACACAUCGAGCUAAGAGGAGCCUUUUGAGUUACGACGAUGGUCGAUGUAUUUUUAUGUUGAGAUCAAUCGAGUUGGGAUCUAAUUAAUAUGUUUAUAUAUGCUUAUUUUUUUGUCUAUUCAUUUAUAUUUAUGUUCCAAUUGUAAAUGAAUCUUUCAAGCAAUGAACGAAGCAUAAAGGGCAACUCAAUCUCAUAUGUCUGUUUAAUGAAAAAGUUUUUCACAAUAUAA